AUGGCCGUAACAAAGAUUGGAAUUAAUGGAUUCGGACGUAUCGGACGUUUGGUGUUCAGAUCGGCUUAUGAAAGGAGUGACGUCGAGGUAGUCGCGGUGAAUGACCCAUUUAUGGAUAUCAAUCACUUGUGUUACUUGCUCAAGUAUGACUCCGUCCACGGUGUAUUCCCAGCAGAGAUAGCCGCAGGCGAUGGCUACUUCACCGUUGGUAACAAGAAAGUCUUUGUGCACAGCGAAAAGGACCCGUCACAGAUCCCAUGGGGAAAAUACGGAAUUGAUGUUGUGUGCGAAUCGACUGGUGUGUUCUUGACCAAGGAAUUAUCCAGUGCACAUCUUAAGGGAGGAGCAAAGAAGGUUAUCAUGUCCGCCCCACCAAAGGACGACACCCCUAUUUAUGUUAUGGGUAUUAACCAUGAUAAGUAUGACCCAAAACAAACCAUCGUUUCAAAUGCAUCAUGUACCACCAAUUGCUUAGCUCCAAUUGCAAAAGUAAUUAAUGACAACUUCGGAAUUAUUGAGGGUCUGAUGACAACUGUCCAUGCUUCGACAGCCAACCAGUUGGUAGUUGAUGGACCAUCCAAGGGUGGAAAGGACUGGAGAGCAGGCAGAUGUGCAUUGACGAACAUUAUUCCCGCUUCCACUGGUGCAGCUAAAGCAGUAGGUAAGGUGUUACCAGAAUUGAAUGGAAAGCUCACUGGUGUUGCCUUCAGAGUCCCCAUCGGUACCGUAUCAGUUGUUGAUUUAGUGUGUAGGUUGCAAAAGCCAGCGAAAUAUGAAGAGAUUGCAGCUGCAAUGAAGAAAUCAGCAGAAGGACCACUUAAGGGAAUAUUAGGCUACACUGAAGAUGAAGUUGUGUCCCAAGAUUUCGUCCAUGAUAAGAGAUCCUCCAUUUUUGACAUGAAAGCUGGUCUAGCAUUGAAUGACAACUUUUUCAAAAUCGUUUCAUGGUACGAUAAUGAAUGGGGAUACUCAAACCGUGUUCUAGACUUGGCUGUGCACAUAACAAAACAUUAA